CAUUAUCAUUAUCAUCACCCAACUCAAAAAAAAAAAAAAAAAACAACAGCAGCUGAAUUUGGAGGAAAAUGGGUGACGCUUUGUUUGAGCUUGAGCAGAAUCUACGAUCCCGAAAGGAACAAUUGACCCGACAAGAAGAAAACAUUUUUCAAAGGUGUAAGUCCUCGGCUCUUAAUCAUUUCACGGCUGGUGUAAUUGCUGGUGGUGGUCUUGUUUGGGCAGCAACAUGGAAGCUGAAUAGGCUACUUCGGGUAAACCUCUCUGGUGGAGCUGCCGUAAUACUUGGAUUUUGGAAAUUUGGGAAUUCACUAGAUUCGAGUGUUGACCAUAUUCUUGCGUUAGACGGAACUCGGAUGCAAAGUGAAUUAGCAAAUAUAAUAGUGAAGAAAUAUCGGCAUGAUACUUGGAAGAUGAGACUUAUCUCUAAACAUUUCUAUUUAGAGGAAGUAUUUGAUGAUUCAACGUCAGGGCCAAAAUUAAGGUGGCGUUAUCGAAAUUUCUUUGGUGAUAAUGUUGAUCAGGAUCAAGGCACUCAUGGCGAUUUUCAGGAUGUCUCCCAUAAGGGCAGCCCCAGUGAUAUCCACAAUAACUUUGACAGAAAAAAGACAGAUUUGAAGUCUGAGCAAGUUCCUGUGAAGUCUGGUUUUGAUCUAAUGGCAGACCCACUAGAUUGUGUUUUUGGUUAUACGGCUACAUCGGAGGAGAUUCAUCACUCUACUCCCUCAAGUAUGUCAAGCAGAGCACAGAGUCGUGCACACAGGAGAGCUAAUCGAAGGCGUCGAUUGCAUCAUCAGGAGGCUUCAUCGAGCUCGCAUGAUAAUAAGUAUUCUAAGUUUGAUGUAAUGUGACAUUUAAGUUAAUUUUUAGUACACACACAAGAAAAAAAAAAAAGAGUUAAGGAGGAGUUAACCUAAAGGGUUGAUUUGGUGCUAAACAUUUGAGGCACCGAGUGAAUUAGGAUUAAAUCUUUCAAAUUGGUCGGUUGAAGAUUAAAUAGUUUCUGAGACUACUCAAAUAAGGACUUUGAUGGGCAAUUGCACCAAACGUGCCGACCUUAUUUGUGGGUUACAAAAAAUAUGUAGGUUAACUCUUUCACUUUUAUGAAAUAAGUCCCCUAAUUCUGUUUUUGUUUCUCA